CAUUUAAUAACAAAAACAAAAACAAUUGAGUGCGUUCAGAAACUUUUUUUUUUAUCAAAUCUUAUUUUUUUCAUAUUUAAAUCAUCAAAAAUUAUUCAAGUUUCCUUAAAAAUAUCGUCAAAAUAUUGUAUUCGCAAUGAAUGCAAAGAUUGAAGUCGACAUCGAACUCGACAAUCAUUUAGAAAAAUGUCGGUGCUGCUUCCGGAUUUUGGAAGAAACUGACAAAUUUGUCAAUAUUGAUGAAAUUGUUCAGAGAAAUUUCUACGAUUUGACUCAGAUUGAGCUCAUCACAUCCACAGACUUUUCAGCAAAGAUCUGCUCCUUCUGCCAAAAUGACCUUCAUGUAUUCUCAAAUUUUCGUACCAGCCUCAUUACCAACCAGCUAAAGCUCUACAGCCACAUCCAGUCAAUUCAGGUACACGACUUUACCAAACCAGACAACAAAAAGUUUCAUUUUGAGUCCAGCAAUCAAUACACAGACUUAAGUCACUCAUUUUCAUCAAAUGUCAAGAUUAAGACAGAAAAGGAAGAUCCAGAAGACAUUUUUGUUGAUUGCGAGACGAUAAUUGAGGAAAAAGCUGAAAGGUCAAGAAAAAGAAGUCAAACUUUAAAGCCCAAAAAGUGCUGUGAGAUUUGCGGCUCGUCAGUCAAUAAUUAUCGUCGACAUGUCCUUAAAGUCCAUCUUCAUGUUAAGAAUUAUUUUUGUGAUUUGUGUGGAUUUGCGUCAUUUUUCAGAUGCGACCUGGAACAGCACAUGAAAGUUCAUGUCAAAAAGUCAAUUAAGCAGCAACAGACUUUCUAUUGUGAAUCAUGUGGACUCGAAUUUAAUAAGAAAUUUCAUCUUAAUGCUCACGUCAGAGCAAAGCACACCGAAAAAGUCAGAAGUCACCUGUGUCACAUUUGCAACAAAGCAUUUUUCUCAACCGAAAAUCUCAAGAAGCACGUCGAGUCACACAACGAUAAGGACAUGCCAUGCGAGUUUUGUGGAAAAUUAUUCUCGUGCAUCAACAAUUUGAGGACGCAUUUGUAUUAUCAUUCAGAUCCAAAGUUUAUUUGUGAUGUUGAGGGAUGUGGAAAGAAGUUUUAUAUGAGGAAAAGACUGCGGGCGCAUAUGAAGACUCAUGCGAAUCAGAAGGAUCAUGUGUGCACUUACUGCGAUAAGAGAUACUUUUCUCAGAUUACUUCAGUUAUUCGACCUCUUUCGGUUCGUGCUUUCUCAACCUCAUCGCGUCUCUUAGGCGAGGAAUCUCGUGGACCAUCAUUUGCCUUAUCAGACGAUCAACGAGAGUUUCAAUCACUUGCUAGAAAGUUUGCACGUGAAGAAAUCAUCCCAGUUGCUGCAAAGCACGAUCAAACUGGCGAAUAUCCUUGGGAUAUUGUCAAAAAGGCAUGGGAAAUUGGUUUGAUGAAUCAUGGAAUUCCAGAGCAUUGCGGUGGACAUCCUUUAGGCAACCUUACAACUUGCAUUAUGGCUGAAGAGUUAGCUUAUGGAUGCAGUGGUAUUCAGACGGCAAUGGAAGCAUCAGGUCUCGGUCAAACGCCAGUUAUCCUCUCCGGAUCAAAGGAACAACAAAAGAAGUAUCUUGGACGUCUUAUCGAAGAACCACAAGUUGCUGCUUAUUGCGUCACUGAACCAUCAGCAGGAUCAGAUGUAAAUGGUGUCAAAUCCCGUGCAGUCAAGAAAGGAGAUGAAUACAUUCUCAAUGGACAGAAGAUGUGGAUUACAAAUGGUGGAGUUGCCAACUGGUACUUCGUACUCGCUAGAACAUCAGAAGAUCCAAAAGCACCAGCAUCAAAGGCAUUUACAGGAUUUAUUGUUGAACGUGACUGGCCAGGCGUAACUCCAGGUCGAAAGGAGAUCAACAUGGGACAACGCGCAAGUGACACACGUGGAAUCACAUUUGAGGAUGUCAGAAUUCCAAAAGAGAAUGUCUUAAUUGGCGAAGGUGCUGGAUUUAAAAUUGCAAUGGGAACAUUUGACGUGACUAGAGCUCCUGUUGCUGCUGGUGCUACUGGAUUAGCACAAAGAGCUUAUGAUGAAGCACUUAAGUACUCGAUGGAAAGAAAGACCUUCGGAGUUCCAAUUGCAAAUCAUCAAGCUGUACAAUUUAUGUUAGCUGACAUGGCAAUGGGAGUUGAAUUGUCUAGACUAGCUUAUUGGAAUGCAGCAUGGACAAUAGAUCAAGGCAAACGUAAUUCAUAUGAAGCUUCAAUUGCUAAGUGCUUCGCAGCUGAUCAAGCUAACAAGAUUGCAGCUGAUGCUGUACAAAUAUUUGGUGGAAAUGGAUUCAAUUCAGACUAUCCAGUCGAGAAGCUCAUGAGAGAUGCAAAGAUUUAUCAGAUUUAUGAAGGAACAUCGCAGAUCCAGAGGAUGAUUAUUGCAAGGAAUGUUUUUGAACGUGCAAAGCAGAUGAAUUAA